ACCGAUCUGCGUCGUUCGGGCGCGUUUAUUCAAGCUUCUAGCUGAUAGGGAAGAUAAAUUUUCUGAAAAUUUUACUAUUUUCGUCAAUUAUGAGGGUUUUAAGGAAUGGCGGAGGUUUGAAUUGUUUGUAUAGAUAUUUAUCGCAUGUUUUAAUGCACAAUUUUUGGUUUGACCUAAAGAUAAGUUGAACGGCUACAAACAUGCUUGGCUUCCUUCGACGAAAUCUACAUAAGACCAGUCGGGAAACAAAGACACAAGCCUACAUCAGUCUAAUACGUUCCACCCUCGAAUACUGCUCGACUGCCUGGAACCCACACCAGAAAUUUUUGACAAGGAAAAAAGAAAUGGUACAAAGGAGGGCUCGCUUUGCAACAAACCAGUAUCAUAACACCAGCAGUAUUGAGGAGCUUAACAGAAGUCAUGUUCAUAUACGUGACAGGGACUAUGUGAUGAAUAAAUUGAUGAAAAUGAUCAGUGAUGGGCCAAAUAAGUUACAAGUGGUUGCUGAUUUCGAUAGGACACUGUCAAAGAACACACACCAUGGAAAUGUGUGUGCAACAUGUCACAAUAUCAUAGAGGAGGGUGGUUUGCCAGAGGAUUACAAACUAAAGGCAUACAAGAUCAGAGACGAGUAUUUCCCAAUUGAGACUGAUCCUAAUAUGACCAUUGAAGAUAAAAUACCAUAUAUGAUUGAAUGGACGACACAGGCACACAAUCUGCUACUAAAAUACCCGUUAUCUAAAGAGAUGCUGCAUAAUAUGGUGGCAACAUCUACAGCAAAGUUGAGGGAUGGAUGUACAGAUUUCUUUGACAAACUGCACAAGUGUGAUGUACCUUUGCUCAUCUUCUCUGCUGGUGUUGGAGAUAUUAUACGUGAACUGAUUUCACAACAUUCAACAUUCUACAACAACAUGCAUGUUGUUUCAAAUGAUCUGGACUUUGAUGAAAAGGGCAAAGUGAUAGGAUUCAAAGGAGAAAUGAUCCAUGUCUUCAAUAAAAAUGAAAAUGCCGUCCACGACUCAGACUAUUUUUCAAACCUUAGUCACUGUACGAAUGUUCUACUUAUGGGAGAUUCACUAGGAGAUCUUGAAAUGGCAAAUGGUGCAGAAAAUGUAGAGGCUAAACUGACUAUAGGAUUUCUUAAUAUUAGGGUAGCUGACAGUCUUGAGCUGUAUAAAAGCAAGUACGAUAUUGUGAUCUGCGAGGACGAAUCCCUUGAUGUAGUCAACGCAAUUGUUAACAAAAUUAUAGCAGCUGGCUGAGUUUUAGGUGUCAAAAUCUGUUUUUAGACAUUUGAUACUAUUUUUAGAAAGGUUUCCUCCACUGUGGACUUUGUGUGUUGCCUUUCUAGGACAGUCCUUAGGGAAGAAACAUACAGUAGAAGCUAGGGACUACUAUGCAUUUUAAAGGGGAAGGAAAUCACUGCCAACAUCAUGAAUGGCAUGUAACCAUUCACUGUGUUCGAUCAUGGUCUUCACUGUUCGCUAUUCAGUCAUCGAAUUUUCAGUGAACACCCCUUUGAGUAAUAAGUGGUACUGCCCAAUUUGAAUGAUGGACCAGUCCGUUUUAGAAAUUUUGCAGGGUAAAUGUUAUAUUCAUAGGGGACUUAUUUUCAUGGAUGUCAUGGUUGCGUCAAUCCUCAAAAUUAAAUCCCAACAACUCACACUGGCCAUAGCUUUCGCAGAAGCGGUGGUUCCAACACUGUGGCAGUAGGGAUUCAUCGCAGAAGCGGUGGAGAAAUAUGGCCGGCUGACUACAUUUACCCUGUCAUCGGUAAGUUUUCUAAUGAGUUUUUCACGUUUGCCGGAAAACAACCAGUGAGACAGGAGCCCACAUGUGUACUCUUCCAGCCACAAACACUUGUUCAAUACAAUUCUUUGUCAUUAAUGUAAACACUUCUGUACAGUUUGAUGAGGGACUGCCGUUUUUGUAGAAUUUCCAUCAAAAAUGGUAAAAUCUUAUACAAAAGGACCCCUGAGCACGUUUGAAUCAAAACGUAAGUAUGACACUGUCAAGCAAAAACUGUUUCUUAGUAAUCGGUGAAUUUUUCAUUGCAGGCAUACAAAAUAAUCGACCAAAAAUUAUUCCAAUGCAGUAUGGGGUGGGUACCAGUGUAUCUUUUGCGAGGAAUCCUCCACCGCCGUGGCAUUUGAACCACCGCUUCUGCGAAAGCUAUGGCCAGUGUGCAACUGUGAAAUUCUCAUUAUAUUUUCAGAAGUUGAAAUUCACAAAUUCGUAUCCCACCAAAAUAUCCAUUUUGGUCAAAAUGCCCAUGACAUCCAAAGAUAUUAUGGUAAAACAAAAAUGCCAUAAAUGACUGUUUUUCUAUUUAAUUCAUGUUAAGAUUUACCAAUAAAUUAUAUAUUUCUGUAGCACGUUUUUUCCCAGUAUGGGCCUGUACCAAACCUUUAAAUCUUACUGCUGUAUGAAAAUGCAUGGCUACCAGGUGGCAGGGCAAGACAUGUUUUCCUUUCAUGUCAGUAUUUGAAACUGUGAAAAAAUCUUUCAGAAACUCAAAUAGUUAUGUUUCCCACACCACUGUGUUGGGAGACAUCUUGAUUUACUCCUGUCUGUGUGUGUCUGUCAGUCUGUCACAAGUCUUGUUUGCGCUCUAAGUCGAACAGUUCUCAUCUGAUCUUCACCACACUUGAACAAAAUGUGUUUGACAAUAAGUCCUCGGCCAUGUUUGAUAACUAGCCAAAUUGACCCAGGCACUUCGGAAUUAUGGCCCUUGAAUUACCGAAAAUACUGAUGCCAGUGAUACAGGUCUUGCUGCAUGGUUGACUCAGAUACAUAGUGGAGAAAAAUUACCAAUGUAGAUGAUUAGCAGUUGUGGGAGACAUGCGCUUUUCUCAAAAGCAGCUCUAGUUCUAAAGAAAUUUUCCUUUAGUUACUCUCUACUAAAGUCCUUCAAGAUAUUGUGUUUUGUUAUGAAACACAGCUGCCAUAGGGCAUGUUCAUUUUCACUUUUACCUUUAUGUAUAUAAGAAGAAUUUAAAAAACCUUCUCAGGAACUGCUGGCCAAAUUUCUAAGGUGGCCCUAUACAAAGGUUAAUUAAUUCUGUUUCGUGGAAAAAAUGGCUGCCAGAGCUAAAGUUAGACAAAUUUUCAGAAAAUAUUUGCUCUUCACAGAUUUUGAAAUAAUUUCACAGAAACUUUUUUAGGUGACUAGCUUUAAAAAUCAUUCAAAUUAAUCUGAUUUUUUAAAGAAAUGCCUAUAAUUGACAAUAAAAAAAUGGCCUUAGUCUCUAAAAAUAAGAAAAGUCUACAAAGGCAGUAUCUAUUUAUUGCUUGUCUGGUUUUGAAAUAAUUUCAUGGAAAUGUUCCUAGCUUAAUUCUACCGGAUUUGAUAAAGCCUUAUUGGUUUUUAAAAAAACAUGGUUGCAGGGUGAUGGGCUACUUUUCCCUAUGUGACUUUAUUGAAUUCUUUGAAUAUCUUCUUUCUUAUAUUUGUCUGGAAUGUUUCUUGGAUAAGUCUGUACCAAAAUUGUUACCAGUGAAACUCGUUUAGCCAUCUAGAGCCAUCAUGGCCCUCCAGUUUACAAGACAAAGUUGUUAAUAACUGUACAUUGCAGUAUUCCAACUAGAACGUAAGGUGUAUGUAAGCCCGAGAGCAGUCUUGUAUGAUUGUACUUAAAUAUCAUGAAUAGAUUAAAAUUUAAGUGUUAUAAGGUUUCCUGCUAUUUUUGCUUUACUUUUAAUGUCUCAGUAAUUAUCAAAGGAAUUUGUUAUCUAUAUAUACUUUGACAGCUGAUUGUAUUUCACUCUUAGUUCUUGAAAAAGGAAACUUAAUUCUAAUAAAUUGAGUGUUGCUUGAAUACCAGAACUUGUUGAAAUUACACUGCAAAAGUCAUAAAUUUUCAGUGCAAUAAUUUAAUUUUGUCUCCUUGAAAAUACUAAGAACUUUGUGGUCAGAUAAAUGUAGCACUCGCAGGAAGACAUGCACUGUAUAAUGAAGGACACCAUCACAUGACCUUAGUAUUAAAGGUUAGUGCAAAAGUUACGGUCACCUAUACUGGAAACAUGAUGGAUUGAAAAGAUGAAAUAAAUGUGAUUUUUCUUCUUUAGUAACUUAUCAGAUGUGAGUAAACUUAGUAACUUAUCAGAUGUGUGUAAACUUUUCUAGUAAAGAGAGAACACUGUCUUGUGAUAAGUUGAAGUCUUUAAACAUUGAAGAAUUUGUCAGUAUUUUCAAGAAAUAAAACAGUUAGUCACACUGAA